CUUAUCAUACCCCAUCCAUCGACACCCCUCCUCUCCUCGACCGCCUUUUUCUUCUUCGGCUUUCAUUUCAAAACCCACUGCGUCGAACCUGUGCUAAUGGUCUGCUUAUGCCUUAACGUCGACGUUCCGUUCAGAACCCUAAGCCCUAACGCUAAUCGCAUCACUAGCUUGAUUCUCAAUGAGGAGCAUCAAUCCCUUGCCGGAGGCAGUUCGUAGUUCGGUGCGUUCUGGGAUUAUCCUUUUUGACCUGACGAGGGUUGUGGAAGAGCUGGUUUUUAAUAGCCUGGAUGCCGGUGCGACAAAGGUAUCGGUUUACGUGGGUGUUGGCACGUGUUUUGUAAAAGUGGUGGAUGAUGGAUCUGGUGUUACUCGGGAUGGAUUGGUUUUGUUGGGGGAGAGAUAUGCAACAUCAAAGUUCCACCAGUUGGCUGAUAUGGAUGCUGCUGGUGGAAGCUUCGGCUUUCGGGGAGAAGCAUUGGCUUCCAUUUCGGAUGUCUCAUUGUUGGAAAUUAUAACAAAAGCCUAUGGGAGGCCGAAUGGAUAUUGCAAAGUCAUUAAGGGAUGCAAGUGUUUGUAUCUUGGAAUUGAUAAUGAUAGGAAGGACGUAGGCACCACAGUUAAUGUCCGCGAUUUAUUUUACAACCAACCAGUUCGAAGGAAAUAUAUGCAAUCCAGCCCCAAGAAGGUGCUGCACUCGGUCAAGAAAGGUGUACUUAGGAUUGCCCUUGUCCACUCACAAGUUUCCUUCAAAGUUAUCGAUAUUGAAAGUGGGGACGAGCUUCUUUGCACUCAGCCUUCUUCUCCUUUGUUGCUAUUGACAAGUGGCUUUGGGUUAGAAGUCUCUGACUCUCUUCAUGAAUUAAACAAUAGUGAUGGUGUAUUAAAGCUUUCUGGCUACAUAUCUGAUCCCGUUGAUUGUUUCAAAAUUAAGGCUUUUCAAUAUAUAUAUAUUAACUCACGGUUCGUUUGCAAAGGUCCAAUCCAUAAACUGCUGAAUCAAUUGGCUACUAGCUUUGAGUGUUUGGAUCCGUGGAAAGUCAACAAUGGGUCCCAAAACCGAAAGAGAAGCAGGUCUCAAGCAUAUCCAGCUUAUAUUUUGAAUCUAAGAUGCCCUCGAUCUCUUUAUGAUUUAACCUUUGAACCAUCAAAGACAUAUGUUGAGUUCAAGGAUUGGGCUCCUAUACUUUCAUUCACUGAGAGAGCCAUUCAACAAUUAUGGAAGGAGAAUCUAACUUUCGGGGACUCUAUAAAUCAUGUAGCUGAUAUAAUAAGUAAAGAUCCAAUCUGGAAAGAAGCUGAUGACAUCUUAACAGCAGGAGAUUUUCUUGAUGCAGAUUUGUCAGAAACAUCUGAAAUUGCAAAAAAGAAGCGCAGGAUCGCAAAUCAUAAAGCUUCUCUUGACAUUUUCUCUUCCCCAUCAGAUAUGCUAACCAAAGAGGUUGACCAUUUAUCUCACGCAGGAAAGGAUAGAAUUCCUUUUGUAAACUUGCCCAAAAAUUCUGCUGAAUUUAAAGAGCAACAAAUUCAGGUGGGAUUUGUUUGUCAAACUGAUUAUGCUUUCCAUUCAUGGGAUGGUCUUGAGGCCAAAUGCAUACCCACAGCGACCUGUAAGUUUGACAACCAGCUUUUGGCAUCUGAUAACAACUUUUUAUCUGUGGAAGAUCAUUUUUUGGAGAACAGAUCCAAUGAUAAUGUGGACAACUGUUUAACUUCAGCAUGGGGAGUUGAAUCCCUUAAAGAUGAUCCAGAUGCGAUCAAUGAAUCAGCAGGGGUGGCAUUAUCUUGUGAUUUGAUUGGCAGGGGUAUCAAAAAACCUUUGCUGCAGGGUUGCUCCUCUAGAAGAAGCCUGCCACUUGAGAGGGCUUUGUUUGUAAAUGAAGAAGGAUUUGAAUUUCAGAGGGAUAGCUUCAGGACCGACUGGAAGCAGGCAGGUGCUCAUGAUAGGGUUAAUAUUUUAGAAGUUGAUAGUAGUAACCAGAGUUUUGAUUUCCUCUCAAGGACCUUUUGGCAAGAUGAGGCAUCGGGUCCGCAGGCCUCUACGAGAGAAAUUACAAAAUGUGACGUGCUUACAGAUUUUGAUUUUCCGUCAAGAGCUUUUGUAAAGUCAAUCCCAUCUUAUGCAGAGCAGUUCAUUGGAGAAGAUUUUAUUGAACCUAAUUCAAUCACUGAAAUAGGAAACUUUGGCUCCAGUCGUCAGACAUCAAAUUCUGACUGGUGUUCCCUGACCUCAGAUCCCUUAUUUCGAGCCACACCUUGGGAUGUUGAGCAUUUCAAGGAUGAAAAUGCAUGUGGGGGUAGUUCCCACUCUGGUGAAAGCACUAGUUGUAGCCAUUUUGUGGAUUAUGGAAAGAGGGACCGUAAAUCUCGUCAUGGUAUCAUGUCCAAGGGCUCUAGCCAGGACAAUUGCUCCUCAAGUUGUAGAUAUAAUAUAUUAGAUUUUAAUGAUUAUGCUGGUUCUAGUAGAGAGUCCUGCAAAUUCCUUCAAAGACACAAUAGAGAUUAUAAAUUUUCUCCUGAACAUCCAGAUAUAUUACCUAAGGAGACAGGCAGGUUGUAUGUGGACUCAUGUGUUGAAGAUUUCACAGGUAUUAACAAAUAUAAAAGACAAAGGGAUUUUAUGAGGAAUCAAGAAUGUGAACCGGAUCAUGUUUCUAAAGAAAGAUCAAGAAGAAGCCAUUCAGCUCCACCGUUUUACAGAGGCAAAAGGAAGUUCUUUUCUUGGAAUCAUCCUUCAAUUAUGAAAGCGGGAAAACCCAAAGCCAAAACCUUUCAUAAUACUCUUACUGAUUCAGAAGUUAAUAGGUUAAAGUGUGCCAAACAACCUUCUGAUGAUUGCCAUUUAUAUCAUAUGCCAAGUACUGUGGAGCAUUUGCUGUCGGAUACUAGAUCAGAUACGGACAAGAUGACAGGCAUUUCAGCAAACUUGAAGGAGAUUGAAGAAGGUGAAAAGUUUGAACAGUCCCAUUAUUUCGACUUUGAAGAUACUGCUCCAGUUAAAGGGGAAACUCUAGAUUCCAUGAAUUCUUGGUCCAAAUGGCGGAAUUGCUCUUCCCAGACAACAGACAGAAAUAAAUCAUAUGAUGUUCGCAGUGAAAGUAAUAUACUUGACAUCUCUUCUGGAUUCUUUCAUCUUGCUGGUGAUUUAUUAGUUCCUGAAUCUAUCAACAAGAGCUGCCUGGUUGAUGCCAAAGUUCUUCAACAGGUGGAUAAGAAAUUCAUUCCAGUUGUGGGUGAUGGAACACUUGCUGUUAUUGACCAGCAUGCAGCAGAUGAAAGGAUCCGACUGGAGGAACUGCGUAAAAAGGUUUUAUCUGGAGAAGCAAUGACAAUUAAUUAUCUGGACGGCGAACAGGAGUUGAUGCUGCCAGAGAUUGCCCAUCAGUUACUGCAAAAUUAUGCUGAAGAGAUAAAAGAUUGGGGUUGGAUCUGCAACAUUCAUGGUGAAGAUUCAAGGUCUUUCAAGAGGAAUUUGAAUCUUCUCCACAAGCGGCCAACAGUUAUCACACUUGUUGCGGUACCCAACAUUUUAGGUGUCAAUUUGUCUGAUGUAGAUCUUUUAGAAUUUCUUCAGCAGCUUGCUGAUACAGAUGGAUCAUCAACAAUGCCACCAUCAGUUCUUCGAGUCCUUAAUAUGAAAGCAUGCAGAGGUGCAAUUAUGUUUGGGGACUCUUUGCUACCUUCAGAAUGCUCCCUCAUUGUUGAAGAGCUAAAGCAGACCUCACUUUGUUUCCAAUGUGCUCAUGGACGGCCAACAACUAUCCCCCUUGUCAACUUGGAGGCUCUGCACAAGCAGAUAGCUAAGCUCGGACUUUUGGAUGACAAUUCAAACAAGUUGUGGCGUGGUUUACGUCGACAUGAACUCAGUAUUGAACGUGCAGCAGAGAGAUUAAGUUCUGCGAGAGGUUAGAGUCGAGAAGACACCAAAGGUGUCCCUGAAUUAUUGUGGCAGCCCUACAUGCAUGUAAUUGGCACAUUCAUUGUAACUCAUUCUUUGUCAUCUGGCGUAUAGCUCACUUUGUUCACAUUUUAGUAUAAUCAGGACUCAGAUAUUAUGUAGAGAGGGAUUAUGGUAGGCUGAUAGCUCAUUGAUGAUCAUGUAUAUUCAUGUGUGCAUAAUAAAUCACCAUUUUUCUUUACAUAUUUA